GAAUUUUCCUCCAUUCAUUUCCAGAGGGCGUCCCGUUCUGGACUCACAGGAAGGGGGGAAAGAAACAAGCAGGCCAAACAUUUGGAUCAUUUGGCUUCAGGACGCCACUAAAGGGGGCCUCGAAGGGCCCUCCAUUGUCCCUCUUUCCCUCCCCUCAUUUUAUUGCUCCCACAACUCUUUAUAGAGCUUCACAGUCUCAACUACUUCAUCUCUCCCCGCUGUGACUUUCCUACCCAUCAUCCUUUUCCCGAUCCCCUUUCCUCCUCUCUGUAGCCUCCCCCCUGCUCUCCCACCUCCCCUCUUUUUCACCACUCAUCUGCAUCAGCUUCCAAGAUAGAUUCCCUCAGGAGCAAGGUUGAUCUGCUCAAGCUGCCGUUGGCUCUCUCCACCAAGUCUAUCUCUGAGCGCAAGAGCCAGCUGGGAGGAGCCGGCGAGAGGCGCAGCACGGGUGGAGGAGGCGGGGCUCGUACAGCCCGCUCACCGCCGACCCGAGACAUGGACAACGAGUCACAGUACUCGGGCUACUCGUACAAGUCGUCUCACUCCCGAAGCUCCAGAAAGCACAGGGAUCGGAGGGACCGGCACCGCUCCAAGAGCCGAGACAGCAGCAGCCGUGGAGACAAAUCGGUGACCAUCCAGACGCCAGGAGAACCGCUGCUGGAUGCAGAGUCCACCCGAGGAGAUGACAGGGACGAUAACUGGGGGGAGACCACCACUGUCGUCACUGGGACCUCGGAGCACAGCAUCUCAAAUGAGGACCUCACCCGCCUCACCAAAGAUUUGGAGGAGUCGACGCCGCUGGAGUGCAAACGCUUCAUUGGCCCGGCGCUGGGAGGCUGUCUAAGCUUCUUCGCUCUGGUCACGCCGCUAGCCUUCCUCAUCCUGCCGCAGGUCCUGUGGCGAGAUGCCCUGGAGCCCUGCGGGACUCCCUGUGAGGGCCUUUACGUCUCUCUCGCCUUCAAGCUCCUAGUCCUGCUUAUUUCCUCCUGGGCGCUGUUCCUCCGCCCUCCCAGAGCCACCCUCCCACGUUUCUUCGUCUUCCGCUGCCUGCUGAUGGUGCUGGUGUUCCUGUUCGUGGCGUCGUACUGGCUCUUCUACGGCGUACGGGUGCUGGAGCCCAGAGAGCGGGACUACCGGGGGAUCGUGGAGUACGCCGCCUCGCUGGUGGACGCCCUGCUCUUCAUCCAGUACCUUGCUCUGGUGCUGCUGGAGGUGCGACACCUGCAGCCGGCUUUUUGCCUUAAGGUGGUCCGGAGCACGGAUGGAGCCAGCAAGUUUUACAACGUUGGGCAUCUCAGCAUCCAGCGAGCCGCCGCCUGGGUGUUGGACCGGUAUUACAGCGACUUCUCCGUCUACAACCCUGCCGUGGUCAACCUUCCCAAGUCUAUCCUGUCGAAGAAGAUGACCGGGUUCAAGGUUUACUCCCUGGAUGAAAACCCUACCAAUAACUCAACGGGCCAAUCGCGGGCCAUGAUCGCAGCGGCUGCCAGGAGAAGGGACAACUCCCACAACGAGUAUUACUACGAGGAGGCUGAGAUGGAGCGCAGGAUUCGCAAGCGCAAGGCCAGGCUGGUUGUAGCGGUAGAAGAGGCCUUCACGCACAUCAAACGCCUCCAUGAGGAUGAAGUGGCCUCGUCUCCUAAACACCCCAGAGAGGUGAUGGACCCUAGAGAGGCCGCCCAGGCCAUCUUCGCUCCGAUGGCCCGGGCCAUGCAGAAGUACCUUAGGACGACGAGGCAGCAGGCCUUCCACAGCAUGGAGAGCAUCCUCACACACCUGCAGUUCUGCAUCACUCACAACAUGACGCCCAAGGCUUUCCUAGAGCGAUACCUCACCCCCGGCCCCACCAUGCAGUACCAGCAGCAAAACGGCAGGGGGCGCCAGUGGACCUUGGUAAGCGAGGAGCCUGUCACCUCGGGCCUUCGACAGGGUCUGGUCUUCUCCCUGCGGCGCUCGGACUUCUCCUUGGUCGUCACGGUAACACCGCUUCCUUUCCUGCGGCUGGGGGAGGAAUUCAUCGAUCCAAAGAGCCACAAGUUCGUCAUGCGGCUGCAGUCGGAGACCUCGGUGUGAGGGCGGCUGAUGGAUCUUCUUUCUUUCCGUCCUGCAGCUCGCUCCACCUGGAUGUGACGGGACACCCUGUCAUCCAGUCAUUCCUUUCCUCCUCUCUGACAGAACCUAAUCAAAGGGAGGAGAGCAGCUUUUCUGAUCAUCAAACUGUUAUCGGCUCAAUGAUUGUCCCGACCCCCCCAAAAAAUGAGCAGAUGCCUUUUCACCACCAGUGUUUCCUUUUCAAGAACAUUUGACUUGUUUUACUGUAACCACUGAGGAUAUAGAGGUGCAAUGACUCGACACACGAACGCAGGAGGAAGGAGGCGAUUACAUCACAGCUGUCACUUCCCCUCUCUCUCUCUGUCUCUGUUUCAUCGCUGGUGGUGAUGUUUUCUCUGACGGACCUGCUUUUAUAUGAGAGCGAGGGGAUUUUUAUUGCUUUAACCUACAGAAUGUAGCAUUAUGUGCUCUGAUUGUUUUUUUUUUUUUUUGUAACAAUGCAGCCUUUUUUUAAAUUUCCCCCCCUGCACCGGUUUAAGCUCUGAGCGAGAACAUUUUCAGCAGGAGUUUCCCUGCAGUUUUGAUGCAUGUUUAGAUGCACAAGUCUGGCAGUGAUCCAAAUCUUCUAAUUGCCAACAAAUCCAGUGAGAUGACUUGGAAAUAACCAAAUCCAUUUACAGUUAGAGUUUAAAUUAAAUGGUUCGUUUUGCCUUGAUAUGACUAAAGGCUAUUUAAAGCUGAUGAUCAUCCCUCAAUAGUAUCGCCGUCUGUAUGAUGCUGUAGGUCAAACGUGUCUAAAAUAAACCAAACCCUCUGACUCAAUGCAUUUAUUUAAACUCUUUUAGGCUAAAUGCAAGAUUUUCAUUAACUGUCUUUAGCCAUAAUGGGCUAAAAUUGGACAAUGGCACACCUUUAAUAAACACAUGAUGGUUUUGGUGCUCAGCUUUCGGGAUUUGUUGGCAAUAAAUCAAAAAUUUGAGAAACAAAAUGCACACAGUGUCUGCAGCUUGAUGUGGACACAAACAAUUAAACCUCGUUUUUGUUUUGUUUUUCCAGGUGGUAAAAUGAGCAUCAAUAUCAGGGUCUUACUGUGUUGUGCUUAAGCUGUAAAACUAAAUUCAGCUGCAGUAUUUCGGGUUUAAUCAAGUUUAAAACGCGGAAACAUACAGGAUAUGAUUCAAGUGUGAAAUAUGGUUUAUAUUUAUGGCAGCGGUUGGGUGGUCAAGACUCACAGACUCUGCUGUUUGCAGAUCUCCAUCCAACGCCUGAUUUCCUGACCUUUCGCCAGGACACUAACUGGAACAAACAUUUUCACAUUGAUUAGAUCUCAAAAAGCUAUUUUUAAUCAGCGUUUCUAAGACCUUAAAUAUAGUAAAGUAUGAUGAAGUUAUGUGGAAAAGCUAAAUGCUGACUGCACAUUAUUUAAUCAUUAUCCCAUUUUUUUCUCAUUAUUAAACAUAAACUCUAACUGGUACCGUAGUUAAAAAACUUUCUUAUUUUAGCCAUGUUUGUAAAUUUUUAGCUGCAUUUUAUCUUCAAAGAUGCUAAAACUGACCAAAUUUAACAUUGAAAGAGCUUCAACUGGCGUAAAAAAUACAAAAUCAGAAAUAAAGCGAUCAUGAUGAGGAAGAAACACGCCUGAUGAAAAUGAAACGCCAUCGUAUGGUGGAAUUUUUUGCCAAUAGAAAGUUAUCAGUCGUUUCAUUUUUGAAGGCAUUCGAAACCUUUUGGUUUUUACCUAAAAGGAAAUAAUCUAAUUAGAGAUGAUCUUAUCUUGGUGUAGUACGUCUUAAGUGGGGUCACAACACUUCCUUUAGAUGAAAUCGUUCUACAUGAAGCCGUUUUUUAACAAAAUGGAGAAUAUUUCUUUUUCAUUUUUGAAGCAAAAAAUGAUUUCUGCCUCAAAGCAGACAUAGGACUGUAAAUCGUCUGACCACCGCCUCGCCUUGCGCCGCUCUAGACGAACCCUUAUUCUGCCUUUUUCUCUGCAGACCUGGAGGAUCCGCAGCCAUCGGCUCCUCCAUCGGCUCAGCUACAGUCUGUUUGCCUUUCUAAGUCCAGAUUUCUUUUAUUUUUUAAACCCUCUCACAAACUCUGAAGUGUUUGACGUUAAAUACGAACAAACGCUUUUUUUUUUUUUAAGAAAGCAUGCAAAAAAUAUUUUUGGGCUCCAUUUUUUUUAUUUUAAAAGAACUUAACUUUUGUAUCAUUUGAAGGUGCCUAAGUUAUGACGAUGCAAUUUUCUGAAUGUUUUUAUUUGUAAAGACAAAAAAAUGUAGAUUUGUGUUUUCUUUUUUUGGUAACAGUAGCUUGUAAAGUGUUUUAGACAUUUUUCUAUCAUUAAACCAUGUAUUCCUAAUAAACCUUGUCUUUGGUACCCA